GUGUGGCACUCAGAGGCUUUGAAAAGGGACUGCAGCAUUUCACAAUGGCCAGGUUGAAUCUCUGUCUUAUGCUUCUGCUCUUGUGUUUGACCAGGUGCAGCCUGCAGGGAGGAGUGAAACCUCAAGUAAGUGGCCAUGGAGGAGGUUACUUUUCACCUCUAACAAGAGGUGCAGGAGCUCUUCAGCCAGGAGCUGGAAUGGGACUAGCUGGAGCCAAAGCUGGAAAAUACUCUGCCUUUGGGACCCAAGGACUUACUGUAGGAGUAGGAAUUCAAAAUGGAUUUGAGGCUAGACGAGGUUCUGGGGGCAAACCAGGGAAGCCAGGUUACAGAAUGCCAGCUGGAUAUGGAACUGGCAUCAGAGGUGUUGGUUAUCCCCAUCAAGGUCCCCCCUUGGGAGGUCUUGGAGCAAGAGGCAAGCCUUCCAAAGCAGGAUAUAUGGGUGGUGUUGGAGCUGGAAGCUUCCCAAGUAAUGGAAUGCAGAAUGGAUAUGGCAAUGGCUAUGGAGCUGGAGGCAAUGGAUUCCCUCUCGCUGGAGCUCAGCCAGGUGCCCAGAUUCCAUAUGGCAGUCAGCUAGGCGGUCCAGCUGCUGCUGCUGCUGCCUCCACCAAGUAUGGAGGGGCUGGGCAACUUCCAUUCAGAGGACAACCACAGCAACCAGUAGCUGCCGGCCUGGGAGAUUAUGGUGCUGGCAGAUAUGGAGGCCCCAGCCAGCUGCCAUAUGGUGCUCAACCUGCUGGUCUUGGAGUAGAAGGUAAAGCAGGACCAUUUGGUGGGCCACAAGUAGGAUAUGAAUCCCAGCCUUCCCAGGCAAUAGGGUUGGAUGGAAACGGAAACGGACUAGGAUAUUUGAACAGUAGAGAUCUUCAAGCUAAUGGACUGGGGGCAGCUGCAUAUGGUCCCCUUGCUGCAGGGCAAGCCCCAGGAGCAUACGGCAGUCUGCUAGGCCCUGGACAGCCACUAGGAGGAUAUCGCGGGAAGGAAUCAAAGUACGGAAUGAAUGGAUAUAUGGGAAAUGGCUAUAGAAGUCGCUGCUCUUCUGGAAAAUGCUGAAAGACAAUACUUCUCUGCAGAACUUCCUACAGCAAGAUCUGACAUCUAGGCAAUCUCUGGUGCUAAGUUUAAAGACCAACAACUGCAUUCCCAAUAUAAAUGGCUGUGUCUUUUUCCUUCUGUAUGUUUUAUUUUGUCAUUAGAAACGUUUCAUUUUUUUUUUUAAAAAAAAGAGUGAAAAACAUUGCAUGUUAGUUUUUAAAGCUUUGGUGAACAAUAUUUUCCGAGGACUAAUAGUAUGUUUGCGACCAUAUUACACAAAGUUUGAGAAGCUAGAAACUGCUCCCCACCCCCCAAGACAUACCCUGUGAAUUCCAGAUUAGGAAGCAGUCUAGAGAUGUUUUUCAUCUAAUUAUGUGUCUGGAUUCCCAGACACCAAUCAAUGUCUUUUUACAUAAGAAUAAAUCCACCAUUCUCAA